AUGACCAUGCGACAUCUCGUGGUUCUUUGUGUGUUUGCUUCUUGUCUACUCGGGAUCAGCAGAUCUGAUUCAUCGAAGAAGGAGGAUUAUGGAACCGUCAUAGGCAUUGAUUUGGGAACAACGUACUCUUGCGUUGGUGUUUUCAAAAAUGGACGUGUAGAAAUAAUCGCAAAUGACCAAGGAAACCGAAUUACUCCUUCUUAUGUUGCAUUCUCUACGUCAAACGAACGUCUGAUAGGUGAUGCCGCCAAAAACCAGUUGACUUCAAAUCCAGAAAAUACCCUCUUUGACGCCAAGCUGAAGGCCUUUGCCCCUGAGGAAAUAUCUGCUAUGGUCCUUGGUCACAUGAAGCAAAUCGCCGAGGCUUAUUUGGGGACCAAAGUCACUCAUGCUGUCAUAACUGUGCCAGCAUACUUCAACGAUGCUCAGCGACAGUCAACAAAAGAUGCUGGCGUUAUUGCUGGUCUGAAUGUGUUGCGGAUAAUCAACGAACCCACGGCAGCGGCAAUUGCUUACGGAUUGGACAAGAAGGAAGGCGAGAAGAAUAUCCUGGUAUUCGAUCUCGGAGGUGGCACCUUUGAUGUUUCUUUAAUGACAAUUGACAACGGAGUCUUCGAGGUCCUUGCCACCAGUGGUGAUACACAUCUUGGAGGUGAAGAUUUCGACCACCGCGUUAUUGAUUACUUCAUGAAGCUAUAUAAAAAGAAGACUGGUAAGGAUGCCUCAAAGGACACUCGAGCCGUGCAGAAACUCAGACGGGAGGUUGAGAAAGCCAAAAGAACUCUUAGUACCGAACACAGCGUCACCGUUGAGGUCGACGAUUUCUUCGAAGGCAACGAUUUCUCAGAGACCCUCACACGUGCUCUCUUCGAGGAACUUAACAGUGCUCUUUUCCGCGAAACCAUCAAACCUGUGCAAAAGGUCAUGGACGACUCCGAUUUGAAAAAGUCCGACAUUGACGAGAUUGUUCUUGUUGGUGGUUCUACUCGCAUCCCCAAAAUUCAGCAGUUGGUUAAAGAUUUCUUUGACGGCAAAGAACCUAGCCGUGGUAUUAACCCCGAUGAGGCUGUCGCCUACGGUGCUGCUGUUCAAGCGGGUAUCAUUGGUGGCGCCGAAAACACUGGCGAUAUUGUUCUUCUGGACGUUUGCCCUCUGACACUGGGUAUAGAGACUGUAGGAGGUGUAAUGACGAAGCUUAUUCCACGCAAUACCGUGAUACCUACAAAGAAGGCGCAGGUCUUUUCUACAGCUGCUGACAAUCAACCGACCGUCACUAUACAGGUUUAUGAGGGUGAACGAUUAAUGACAAAGGAUAAUCAUUUCCUUGGCAAGUUCGACUUGACUGGGAUUCCCCCGGCCCCUCGCGGAAGCAAUAUCGUAAUCAACAAAGAAACUAACCGACUGAAUGCCGAAGAAAUAGAACGCAUGAUAAAUGAUGCUGAGAAGUUCUCCGAACAGGACAAUCGGGUUAAAGAACGCGUGGAAGCGCGAAAUGAGCUCGAAGGCCUUGCCUUCUCACUGAAGACGCAACUUAAUGACAAGGAGAAGCUGGGUGCGAAAUUGAGUGAUUCCGAUAAGGCAAGCGUUGAGAAGGCUGCACAGGAAGCUAUCGACUGGCUGGAAAAGAAUCCUCAGGCUGAAGCGCAGGAGUGCAAAGACCAGAAGAAGAAGCUCGAGGAGGUCGUUCAACCUAUUAUGAGCAAACUAUAUCAGCAAGAAGGUGCCCCACCCCCUCCCCCUGGUGCAAAGGAAGAGCUAUAA